AUGAUGGAAUCUUUAACCUCUUCUUCUUCAACAACGCUACCUUCUUUCUCCAUCUUCCCUUCAACCACACCAAGAACAUCCCUUUCUCCCAAGAAAACCCUCCACUUUCGUCUACCUUCCUCCAAACGUGACGAUGCCAACGAUUCCGACGAGAUCAACGUUAACAUCAACCUCCCAGUUCUCAGUAAUCGCCGCUUAUCAAUUUCCCCUCUUUCCAAUGAUGCGGCGAUGGGGCUGGUGUUGAGUGCUGCAACUGGUAGAGGAUGGACAACGGGUUCGGGGAUGGAAGGGCCGCCUGUUCCUGCUGUUGGGAAGGAUGAUGAAUUAGGGACGGGGAAUAUUUCAACUUUUCCGUGGUCGCUUUUCACAAAAUCUCCGAGGAGGAGGAUGCUUAUCGCUUUUACUUGUACCAUCUGCGGCCAGCGAACUACACGGGCUAUUAAUCCUCAUGCGUAUAAUGAUGGAACUGUUUUUGUUCAGUGCUGUGGAUGCAAUGCAUACCAUAAGCUUGUGGAUCACUUGAACUUGUUUCAGGAGACAAAUUGCUAUCUGAAUUCAAGUUUUAAUUAUAAAGGUCCUGGAUGGGAUGAUCUUAAGUUCAGGUUCAUGGACGUAGAUAGCGACAGCGAUGAUGAUAUAUUCCCGGUUACAUGA